AUGUGGUAUUGGACUAGCUCAAUUCUUUUUGCUCUAAUAACACAAAGAGUAAUUACUAGUAUAGUUAUUCAAAAUGGCAUCUUAGUAACAGGAGGAGACGGUGGAUCUUUAGCUUCGACACAUAUUGGGCAACCAAUGAGUAGAGAAUCUGAAUCUUCUAAACUGUUAAAAAGUGCAAGCUAUGAAAGUGUACCUUCAACAUCUGGAUUACAGUCAACUAUAGAUUUAAAACGACCUCCAUUAGGAAAUUAUCCAGUUAAUCCCGGAUUUAAGCAAUUUCCUUCUGAAGUAUCUAAAUCUUUUAUUAAAAAACCUGAAUUUAUUAAAGAAAGGGUAACUUCUAAUUUAUUUGGUAAUGCAAUACCUAUAUUAAAACAUAUCCCUAAUUUCUUUAGAUCAGGUGGUAAACCUAUAAUAAAUGAAAAUUCUAUGGAUGCAAUGUGUGCUGGACAAUUAUUAGAAACACCGACUGGACCUACCUCAAAAGUUGUUAGUUUUUUAUGCCCUAGGGGUUCAGUAAUCUCGUAUACUUCUAUUGGUUAUAGAGAAAUGAUAUUUAGAUCUAAAAAAAAGAUUUCUAGUUUUUUACAUAGAGAAUUGGCUAUUUCUGGUCUUUUUUUGGGUUGUGAUGAUCAUUCAAGUGUUAUAGCAAUUGGUAGCAUUACUAAGAUAACAAGUGACUUAAGAUUACCAGAUGUAAAUAAAUCAUGGAUUAAUUUUGCAGAAGCAUAUGUCAGUAGAUCUAUUAUGGGAAAUGAAUAUAUAUCGGCUUUAGUGUUGUCUGGACCAGAUAUACUAAGUGGGAUAUCAAGUAAAUUCCAUCCUUCUUCCAAAAUGGGACCAACACCUCCAAUUAAUGAAGAACCUUCAAUGGGACACUUUAUAAGUAAAAAAAAGUGGAACGCUAACUUUUUUAGGGGAGCAUGUGUUGGGCUUCAUAGUAAUAGUCAAGGGAUUUGGAUUACUAAGUUUGGUUUAAUUCCUUUGAUGAUAGAUAAUUCAAUAGAACUUCUUCCAGUACCUAAUAUUUCUCAGACUAAAACUAUAGUUAAUGGGUUACAAAUAAAAGGAAUUAUUGUUAUUCCUAAAUUGUGGCCGGAGUGUCAAAUGAUAUUCUCAAAAUACUCUGGUAAGGAACUUAACAAUAAUUUUGUGAUCAAAACUAUUUCAAACAAGGAUUUAUCUGAGUUUAAUGUUAUUGAAGUAGUAUAUAAUAAAAAUUAUAUUCCAAAAGCUUUAAUAUUUAAAGAAUUAACAUCAGAUAGUUUUUUUAUAUUAGGAGAUUCUAUAAUUCAUAGUAAUGAUUUACGAAAAAUAAGAAAAGGUAAAAUAAGUAGCAUUACAUUUGGAUUUGGAGAUUCAAAUAAUUCAUUUUUAGAUUCUAUUACAUUUUUUGAAGCAGUAGUUGAUGGAAAGGUUACAAUUUUUAUUAAUAAUCAAAAUAAAAAUUAUUAUCGAACAUUUAGUGGAAAGGGACUCAAGUAUAUUUGCGUAGAACUUUCUUCUUAUGGAUCUCUAGUAGGUUUUGGAGCAUUUUUUUCACAGCAUACAAGUUUAUUACCUUUUGUUAAUCAAGGAAUCCAAUUUAGCUACGCAAAUUCUUACUUUAGGUGUACAAAAGACUGUUCUGAGACUAGUGUACUGUCUAGCUUCCGUUUUACAGUACCUAAUAAUAAUAUUCUACUCUCAAAUAAGUUAAUAAAUUUUAAUUCUACUAAUAAAGUACAGAUAUAUACUGAAAUAAUACCAGGUAUUUCUGAAUGUAAUUUAGAUUUAAAUACAUAUAUACCAAGUCAUGUUAAACUUGUUCAUAUAAAUUGUAAAACUGGUUAUAUGUUUAAUAGUUUAUCUUGGUAUUACAAUUUAAAUGAUGGUAUAAUUACAGGUAUUAAGAUAGGAUGUGAUGGAGAAGAGGUUUCUGUAGGAAAAUUAACAAACUAUAUAAAUGGACUAAAUUAUCAAGCUAACAAUAAUAAACAAAAUGUCGAUGGUUUUACCUUUGCAUUCUCUGGUAGUAUAAUAGACCCGAAUUUUAAAAUAGUUGAAGCAAGUAUUUUAAAUUCUAAUAAAAGAGCUAUUAUAUUACAUGAUUCACUAGAUACUUCUAAGAAAUUAUCAUUAACACCUUCAAGGGGUAUUUCUUGGUAUAAAAAGGGAGAUGAAAACUUUCAAGGGUUUUGUUUUGCUUUAGAUACAAAAAAGUUGGAUUAUCCUAUUAUUGGUAUGUUUUUAGGGAAAGAUCAAAAUUCCCGAUUUAAUACAGAUAUAUCAGGUCUUUCCUUACCUCUUUUUGCUCCUUACGAUUCUUCAUAUCGUUAUUAUGAUUCCAAUCAUAUUGCUUUUGGUUAUAUAACAGUUAAAAAAAUCUUUAUAAAUAAGCAACAAGCUCGGAAAUAUCAUUUAUCAGAGACAAAUCUUGUAAAAGUCUCUGUAGUAUGUCCAGUUGGGCAUAUAAUUAGUAAUAUCCAAAUUUCAAGUAAUCCUCUUUCUACAAUGGCUGGAAGUAUAGCUAUAUUAUGUUCAGAUAGCUAUUCAGGAGCAAUUAUUGGAAGUUCUGAUAACUUGUUUUAUCAUAGAAAUAUAGAUAUCAUUUCUUUUAUGCUUAAAAGAAAUAUUCCGCAAUAUAUUCAGAGAAUAAAAUUUAAAUUAUCAGCAUCUAAUACAAAGAGGCUUGUAGGUAGUUUAGAAGCUGAAACAUUUUAUUCAGAAAAUAACAGACCAUAUACUAUUUAUUCAUAUUUAUCUAAGAAGAUGAAGAAAGGGUUAAAAUCCAAUUUAGAGGAAAUUAUUUCAGAUGGUCCUUUUGAUGGUUUCUCUGUUAUUGUAAGAUCUAAAAAUUUGACAAAAAAAAACUUGAGCAAAGAAAAAGAGGGAAUAAUAUCUAUUAAUUUUCGUCCUUCCAAAAAUGUAUUUCCUCCCUUAACUAGAAAUUUAAUUAAAUCUAUAGGAAAAAUUCUAAUAGCACCAAUAGAAUUUCCACAAUGUCAAAUGAUAAGAGCACCUUCAAAUAAUCGAUUGAGAAUUUCAUAUUCUAUUACCUGUCCUGAGAGUAGUGAAUUUACAUCUAUACAGAUUUUUAAAGCUACCCCAGAUUCUAAUUCCAAAAUUGCAGCAGUAAAAAUAAUCUGUUCUUUGGGAAGUUUUGCAAUAAUUGGUAAUCCUCCAGUAGAAAUUUUUAGUAAAUAUUCAAGUGUUUCAAAAAUUUCUGAUUUUUAUGGAUAUCCUUCUGUUGAAACCUCUAAAAUAAGAAAGAUAAUGGCAUUUUUUGAUCCAAAAAAGAGUCACAUUACAGCUUUGGACUGGCUAUCUGAAGAUGGUAAUUUAAAUGAAUAUCCCCCAGUGAUUGGCACAAACAGACAAAAUAAUAGAACUUAUCAAAGAGAAUUUGUUGGAAAUAUCUUAAAGAUGAUUUGUAUCGAAGUUAGUCCAGAUUCUAAUGAAGUUACAGGAUUUGGUGCUUUUUUUUGGUCUCAGGGAAUAAAUUGGCUCCCUCCUAUCGAAUUAGAAUAUACUUUAGAGGAUAUUCAGAAAGGCACAAAAAAUAAACUCGAGUAUAACUCAAAACUUUUAAAUUUUAAAAAUGUUGAUUUUUUUCAUAAUAGUAAGGAGUUAUGUAAUAUUUGGGGAGGUUUGAAGAAAAAAUCAGAUAGUUUGAGUAUUGGUUUCUCUUGUAAAGAAUCUCUGAUCAACCAUAUUAACAUAUGUUCUAAAGUUAAAGGUCUUAAAAUAUCUGGAAUUGAAGUUACUUGCAGUUCCAGUGAUGAUUCAUACUUUGUUGUUGGAAAUUGUAGUAGUACUAUGUAUAAAUCCAAAAUGGAUACACAAGCUCAAAUUGGCUCUGUAGAAUUCGGUUUUACCAAGAUAACUGGAGAAUUGGGUUUUUUCUUAGUUUCUAAUAUUGAAAAAACUGUUCUCAGUACAUAUAGUUCAAAUAAAAGCUACGAGGAAGGGAUUGGUUCAAUGUCUGUUUGGAGUAUGAAUGAAGAUGAUAAACUUAGUAAUAGUAACCUAAUUGCAAUGUGUUUUGAUCUGGAUGAAAAUGAAAGUAUAAUAUCUGCAAUAGGAUUUUCUUCAGUUAUAUCUGGAGUUAUUAGUGAUAAUGGUUUUGAAAUAGAAUUUGACUCAGGGGCAACAAUCAAGUCAAAUUAUAUGGAAAAGGAAUUGCUUGAUACCUCAUCUCAGAACUCCAAAACCGAAGAAAAAUCAAUUGCAGCACAAAAUAUUAAAUAUAACACAUUAGAAGGCGAGUCAGAAAAGAUGGCACCUUUUUCUUUAAAUGAAAAGUAUGGAACAAAAACUGUAUACAACCCCUUUGCUUUAUACAAUUUUGCAAAAAUUCCGAUGGAUUAUCUGACCUGA